ACGUUCUUUCAGUGCACAACGCGCAAUGACUUCCAACAAGACUGUUUAUCGUAGUGAAAUCAAACUAGAAGUCACUGAACAAUGUGUUAAACAAAAAAAAGCGACACAAGCAUCUGCGUCUCAUUUUAAAAUUGUUAAACAUAGUGUUGCUCCAUCGGAAUAUACAGCAGCUUACGACAAAAAUGUUUUUCCAAGAUCCGUUUUUAAUAAGGGAAGCGUCGAUAAGGGAUUGGUGAUAAUUAAACAACCAUUGGCAAAGGCAUUUGAUCGUGAGCACGCGGAAAAACUUAGCUCGCAGCCAUGGCGUUUACAACGUGAAGAAGUUUCUGUAAAAAAGCCUGUAUACGUUGAACUACAACAAAGUGGUAAUGAAGUUAAGCAUCGGAAUAAUCAGAAGUUUCACUGCAUAACUUCGACGAAAAAAACAGAAAGCGACGGUUUUCUUAAUUAUGUAGGAAAAAAUCUGUACAAGUAUGGGGAAAAAGGUUCUGGUUUUUCAUCCAAAUCGGGAACACAAGAUUAUUACGAAUUGCGGGACGAGUGUCUGGCCAAUGGCACCCUGUUUGAAGAUCCCGAAUUUCCACCAACUAACUCUUCUCUUUUCUAUUCUCAACGACCCGAUAGGCGAUAUGUAUGGAAAAGACCAGCCGAAAUCGUCGACAAUCCUCAAUUAUUUGUAGAAGGUUUUUCAAGAUUCGACGUCCAACAAGGAGAACUUGGAGACUGUUGGUUAUUAGCAGCUGUUGCAAACUUAACUCUGUACAGACGUCUCUUCUUCCAAAUUGUUCCGGAUGAUCAAAGCUUUGAGGAAAAUUAUGCAGGAAUCUUUCAUUUUCGAUUUUGGCAAUAUGGACGGUGGGUAGAUGUAGUUAUUGAUGACCGUUUGCCAACCUACAAUGGAGAAUUGAUAUUUUUGCACUCGACCGAGCCUAACGAAUUUUGGAGUGCCUUGUUGGAGAAAGCCUACGCAAAAUUACAUGGUUCUUAUGAAGCACUUAAAGGAGGUUCAACUUGUGAAGCUAUGGAAGAUAUGACUGGUGGCGUUACUGAAAUGUACGAAUUGGAUUCCUCUCCCCCAAACUUGUUUAAAAUUAUUGUGAAGGCUUAUGAAAGAUGGUCUUUAAUGGGCUGUUCUAUUGAGCCCGAUCCAGACGUUUUGGAGGCCCAGACUCCGGAAGGCCUAGUCCGAGGCCACGCUUACAGUAUAACAAAGGUUCAGUACGUUGAUAUAUCAACACCAAAUGUAAGCGGAAAAAUUCCUUUGCUGAGAUUGCGAAAUCCUUGGGGUAAUGAAUCAGAAUGGAACGGGGCCUGGAGCGAUAAUUCCCCGGAAUGGCAGUUUAUUUCCCAAGAGCAAAAAGAUGAGCUUGGGUUAAAUUUCGAUUUUGAUGGUGAAUUCUGGAUAUCGUUUAAAGAUUUCCAGAAACAUUUUCAACGCUUGGAAAUUUGUAACUUAAAUCCCGAUUCACUCGCCGAAGAUGAACUCACAGCAGACCGCAAUAAAAAGUGGGUGAUGUCUGUAUUUGAAGGAGAAUGGGUCCGUGGUGUCACAGCUGGUGGAUGCAGAAACUUUUUAAAUACCUUCUCGCACAAUCCGCAAUAUAGGGUUACUUUGGAGGAAGUGGAUGAAGGAGAUGAUGACGAUAAGUGCACUUUAAUUGUUGCGCUUAUGCAAAAAAAUCGUAGACAAAUGCGCCGCAGUGUUGGCGUGGAUUUACUUACCAUAGGCUUUGCAAUCUAUUAUCUGCCAUACCCUGACAGAGCUCCGAAACCGCUAGACCUCAACUUUUUUAAAUAUAAUGCUUCCGUAGCUAGAUCCCCGAGUUUCAUAAAUUUACGUGAAGUAAGCUGCAGAUUCAAAUUACCCAAAGGUACCUACUGCAUAGUGCCUUCCACGUUUGACCCCAACGAAGAGGGAGAAUUUCUUCUACGUGUCUUCUCUGAACAUCAGAAUAAUAUGGAGUAUGACGGUUCAUGUUCUGAUAAUAUGCCUUGUCCUGUUCGGGACAAUGAGGUUGACGAUGAGGAAGAUGACCAUGACGAUCGUCCAUCUCAUAACCCGUAUCAGAAUGUUCCUUCAAGUCCUUACCCUAGUGCACCUUCAAAUCCUUACGAUACACCGUCCAGUCCUUACCCAUCUCAGCCUCCAAACCCAUAUUCUAACCCCUACCCUUCAAAUCCAAAUCCUUACCCUUCCAACCCGAACCCUUAUCCUCCCCAAAAUCCUUAUCCUUUCCAAACACCAUACGGACAGUAUCCGUACCAACAGAAUCCUCAGCCCUAUAACUCUAAUUAUCCAGGUUAUCCUCAAUACCCUUCUAGUCCAAACCCUCCACCACGUACCCCUAGAAGUACCGAUCCUAUUACGAGUUUUUUCAAUAAGUUGUUCCGUUAAGAUCUACUCUUUUUUUAUGUACAACGUUGCAGAGCAGGUGUCCUAACUGUAAUUUUUUUCUUUGAAAAUAAGUCAUUCUCGAGAUACGGUUUUAAAAAUCAUCAUAAACCAGUUUUUAGUCUUUGAAUAUUAGAAAAACAAACUUGACAAAAUGUAUUAUUUCAUAAGAAAAGCUCCUUUUGUGUUAAAGUUGAGUACAUAUAGGACACCCGUGUACGAGUGAGUAACUUUAUCAGGUGAUGGAAUAAUUACGAUAAGGUAUCUUAGCCAACUAACAUGAUUAAUCGUUAAAUAUUACUUAAUUAGCACAUAGUCGUUUAAAUUUGAUCCUUUCCUAGAUCAGAUUUGUUAGAGAUUAAAAAUGGUGCUAAAGAAAACAUAUAUUUUUUAACUCAUGAUUUAAUCAUUUGUGUUAUAUGUUGUUUGAUGUUGAUUUGUGUUUUUUUUUUCACUUUCGAAUUUCAAUUUCUGUACAAAGUUCUCAGUGUAGAAGAUAAAAGUUUUUAAAAUGCCUCUACUGUUAUACUAAUAUUUAUUAUGAAUAUAUAAAAAGUAAUCUCUACUUAGUAUAGAAUAGACUUUAUAAAAGAAAAAGUAAUGAAUAAUGAUCUUGAAAUAAAGAUUUUAAAAAAAUUAUACAUAUUCUCAUCAUUCCUGAGAAGUUUGUUAAAUUGAUAUUUUGUGUACAUAGUUUGUUUUCUAGCUUGCGAUACCAUAAUUAAUGCUUAUUUAACCGUCAAAACUAACCUUAAAAUAUCAGUUGUAUUCUAUAGACAUGUUUCACAUUUUUCCAUAGUUGAAAUUAAUGAAUCUCAUAAUGUUUAACGCAGUAAUUAAAUUUACGAGGAAUAAAUGUAUCUCUCAUGUAAACUAUUUAAGCAUUUUUUAUGGAAGGCAUUUAAAGUUUUACCUUUUGUAUAGUCGUGUUUUCAGUGUUGACAGUAUUUAUUUAAUUCUAUUAAAGUGCAAAUAAAACAA